AACUAACUCCCAGGGAAAACUGCCGUCAAGAUGGUCGCCGCUAAGAAGCAUGUUCCCAUCGUGAAGAAGCGCACCAAGCGCUUCGAGCGCCACCAGAGCGACCGCUUCAUGCGUGUCGACCCCUCUUGGCGCAAGCCCAAGGGUAUCGACAACCGCGUUCGCCGUCGGUUCCGUGGUACCGCGCCCAUGCCCUCGAUCGGCUAUGGCUCCAACAAGAAGACCAAGUACAUGAUGCCCUCCGGCCACAAGGCAUUCCUCGUCAACAACGUUUCCGACGUUGAGCUCCUCCUCAUGCACAACCGCACCUUCGCCGCUGAGAUCGCGCACGGCGUCUCCUCCAGGAAGCGCAUCGACAUCAUCUCCCGCGCCAAGCAACUCGGCGUCAAGGUCACCAACCCCAAGGCCAAGGUCACGACCGAGGUGUAAAUGCAGCGACAAAAGGACGACGAAUGAUGGAAGGGGCUGGCAUGAUGACACUUGGGACAGGAGUGAUUUUGGUCGAUUGCGGAUGGCUCUGUUCUCUCUCAUAUCCUGGAACUGGGCAUGCAUCGGAACAAACGGAAUUCCCUUUUUCGCGAGUCUUCGGCUCUCUCUGUCCCUCCACCGCGACUGGCAUGACGGAUGUGUAUCUGUGCACUUUUAGAGGGAUCUCCAGACUUGGUGUUUUCCAUGAGUCGGCCAGCAGUGGGAAGCUCUCCCUUUCGCCGACAAUGGCGGCUACUCGCUGCUGCGCUCCCCACUGCCACGGUCAACUCUUCCACCAUCGCACCGCUUUCUGCGUUGGCUAACAAAUUCAGUCAAAU